GGAUGGGAAACGAAAGGGGCGGUGUCGAUCAGCUGAGGCGGUGUGUAUAUAAACUGUGGUGAGCUCAGCUGGAAACACUCGCACAGCUGCUUCUGAACAUCACCUGUUUACGGGCAUCGUCUCAAGACUUUUACAGAGGUUUUCUGAAGUGAUCGCAAGGACACUUUAAUCAUGGAUAUAAACAUUGUUAUGCUGGAUGGAAAGACCCACAUCCUGAGGGUGAACCCACAUGACACAGUGGGCUCUCUGAAAACGCUCAUCCAGAACAAAGUGGGAGUUCCCCCUCAGAAACAAAAGCUGAUCUUUGUGAACGGACAGAGGACACCUCUCAGCGACGACUCCCAGUAUAUCAGCCACUACGGUCUGCAGUCCGGCUCUCAGGUGUCUCUGCUGAUCACACAGCCCAAGACCUUCCAGGUGUUCCUGAACAACCUGCAGGGUCAGAAGAGCACCUAUGAUAUCAAACCUGACGAGACUGUGAUGAACUUCAAGAGGAGGGUGGAGCAAAGAGAGGGGGUCCCUGUGAACCAGCAGAGGCUGCUCCACCAAAGCAGGGAGCUGCUGGAUGGGAAACUUUCAGACUACGACGUCAAGGAACUGAGCACCAUCAACAUGACAGGCCGCCUGAGAGGAGGUUAAAAUGUCAGAAAGAUAAAAUAGUAUACUUUACAUUUUUUAAUUUAUCAGUAUUUUUAUUUGAAAAAAAUCAAUACAUUCCCGGAUACAUAAUUGUGUAAUGUCUUAAAAACAUGUUUUAAUGCUUUAUUUUGUUUUUGGGGGCGUACAAAUGUCAGACACAUACAGCAUGUUAGAAUAUUAUUUGGACCAAUGAAAGAUUAAAUUAUGUUAACUGAACACUGUUGCUAAAUAAAGUCUGUGAAUUUACAUUUCCUGUCCUGUUGUAUCAUGUGUUGACUAAAUAAAACUUACAUAUAUUUAAA